AGCUCUCGCUGCUGAAGUUACUGUUGUUCCACCUUCGCGAUUAAUGGCUCUAAUUGGUCAGGCUCUAAAGUGGCAGCAACACCAAGGUUUGCUUCCUCCAGGAACACAGUUUGAUCUAUUUCGAGGAACAGCUGCUAUGAAACAAGAUGUAGAUGACACAUACCCGACAACUCUUGGACACACCAUUAAGUUUGGUACAAAGAGCCAUGCUGAAUGUGCUAGGUUCUCGCCAGAUGGGCAGUUUCUUGUCUCCUGUUCUGUUGAUGGAUUUAUUGAG